GUCCUAGUGGAUCCGGGUGGGUGCGCGCAGGUGGCCACAGAGGUUCCAGGUCUUCAAUGUGAGGCGCCGCAGGUGUUCCCGGUGGGGUCCAGGGCCGCAGAUUGUGGGAUUAGUGAUAUGCUUUCCUAAACAACAGAAAAGUUGAAGAUGUCUAAACACUUAGUGGCUUUGACAGUGACCACCCUUCUUGGUAUGGCUGUCGGAGGGUUUGUCCUGUGGAAAGGCAUCCAGCGUCGGAGGAGUAAAGCAAGUCGUGUGACCCAGCAGCAGCUGUCACAGCAGCAGCCGAAAGCGCCAGGCAGGAGAGAGCGGCCCACUCCAGCAGAGGACCAGCAGCACUCCAGUGCCCCCAGAGCCUCGUGGGAAGAGAGGAUCCUUAGAGCAAAGGUGGCGACUGUGUCUCAGGAGGCAGAGUGGGAUCAAAUUGAGCCCUUGCUUAGGAGUGAGUUAGAAGAUUUUCCAGUGCUUGGAAUCGACUGUGAGUGGGUGAAUUCGGAAGGCAAAGCCAGUCCUCUGUCACUCCUUCAAAUGGCCUGUCCAAGUGGCUUCUGUGCCUUGGUUCGCUUGCCCAAGCUGAUCUGUGGAGGAAGGGCACUACCGAAAACGUUACUGGACGUUUUGGCAGAUGGCACGAUUUUAAAAGUUGGAGUAGGAUGUUCAGAAGAUGCCAGCAAGCUUCUGCAAGAUUAUGGCCUCGUCGUUAAGGGGUGCCUGGACCUCAGAUACCUAGCCAUGAGGCAGAGGAAUUCAACUCUAGAAGAAAAUGAUGACUUCACUGGCUGGAGAAAAGUCUUGGAGAAAUGUCAGGAUGUGGUAGAUAUCCCAUUCCGAAGCAAAGGAAUUAGCAGAUUGGGAGAGGAGGUUAAUGGGGAAGCAACAGAAUCUCAGCAGAAGCCAAGAAAUAAGAAGCCGAAGACCGAUGGAAUGAUGCCAGGCAACCACCAAGGGAGAGACCCCAGAAAACAUAAAAGAAAACCCCUUGGAGUGGGCUAUUCUGCCAGAAAAUCACCCCUCUAUGAUAACUGCUUUCUCCACGCCCCUGACGGACAGCCCCUCUGCACUUGUGAUCGAAGAAAAGCUCAGUGGUACCUGGACAAAGGCAUUGGAGAGCUGGUGAGUGAAGAGCCUUUUGUGGUCAAGCUACAGUUUGAACCUGCGGGGAGACCUGAAUCCCCGGGAGACUACUACUUGAUGGUUAAAGAAAACCUGUGUGUAGUGUGUGGCAAGAAAGACUCAUACAUUCGGAAGAACGUGAUUCCGCAUGAGUACCGGAAGCACUUUCCCAUCGAGAUGAAGGACCACAACUCCCACGAUGUGCUGCUGCUCUGCACCUCCUGCCACGCCAUCUCCAACUACUAUGACAACCACUUGAAGCAGCAGCUGGCCAGGGAGUUCCAGGCCCCCACUGGCUCCGAGGAGGGCUUGCGCCUGCUGGAAGAUCCUGAGCGCCGGCAGGUGCGUUCUGGGGCCAGGGCCCUGCUCAACGCAGAGGGUCUGCCUGAGCACCGAAAGGAGGAGCUGCUGCAGGCGCUCAGAGAGUUUUAUCACACAGACACGGUCACAGAGGAGAUGCUUCAGGAGGCUGCCAGCCUGGAGACCAGGAUCUCCAAUGAAAACUACAUUCCGCACGGGCUGAAGGUGGUUCAGCGCCACACCCAGGGCGGGCUGCGCUCCCUCAUGCAGCUGGAGAGCCGCUGGCGGCAGCACUUCCUGGACUCCAUGCAGCCCAAGCACCUGCCCCAGCAGUGGUCGGUGGACCACAACCACCAGAAGCUGCUCCGGAAAUACGGGGAGGACCUUCUCAUCAAGCUGUCGUGAUGGCUGCUUCCCUUCCACGUUGGGACAGCUGGGAAGCUGGAGCCAGGGGUGAAAAUUUCACCUCUUCCUGUUUUAAUGUCAUUGUCAAAGCCUGGUGACACAACUCACAAUACUAACCUGUACUGAUCCCAGGAUGCUUCUGGUGGAGCAAGGCUGUUGUUUUCAGGGGGAGCUUAUGGUCUUGAGUUUUAGUUGGGCAGGGUGAGCGUUCUUUACUCCACCCUCUUAUUUUAUUUUUCUGGACAAAUGGGAGGCUUGGCCUUCAUUUUACUCUCCCUCUUCUGCUUUCCCUGUGCAGGCGACAAAUGAAGGAUUCUCCCUGAAGUGUCUUGUCAAGACACUCAGGUUUUUAAUGCUUUUUCUCCCUGUCCAGCAUGUUGGUUCACCUCAAACAGGAGCUGUCAUGUAUUUCAAGCCCAUCAGGUUAGGAGGGGAAAAAACGUUCUUCUAGAGGUUGGAGAGGCGAAAAGGGGUCGGAUUCCUAUUCCCAGUUCAACCUCAUAAUUAGAAAUUCUUUGGCCUGGUGCCGUGCGGUGACUCACCUGGUUGGGCUCCAGCCCAUCUGGGUUGCUUCGGUUUAUUUCACAUGCUUGAAAAUGCUCCCGUUGACACAUUCAGGACCAAAGCAGCAACUUCCUGCCAUACGUUUUCACCCUAACGCUGGAGGGAAUUCUUUUCUGGAAAGAGGCCUUCAGCCUGGGUGGGGCACAGAGAAGCACAAGAACCAUCUCCCAAGAGAACUUGGAUAAUUUGCUCAGCUUUCCCUUUUGCUGUUUCUUGCAAGCCUCCUGCCCAGAACGGCAGGGUUUUUAGCUUAAUCCCUUUCUGAGAGGAAGGUUAUCUCUUCUCAGAAUCAGUAUCUGGUCCCUUCAGUGUUCCAUCAGGUUUGUAAUACUGACCUCUUUUAAGCUCUUAAUUCUCUCCCAGCGUCAUUUGGUUAGGUUGAGAGGAUUUCUCCAUCUCCCUUCAUGCCUGGGACGCCAAGACUAAUUAAUACGUUUCGAUGUUCAAAACGGUGGUGUUUCAUCUUUCCAAACGUGAGGCCACCACUUGGAGUACGGAAUCAACUUAUUAGCGGUUAGUAUUUUUAUAAAGUAUUAGGAAAACUUUCUUACCUUACAAGAUCUUAACAAGCUUAAAAAAGAGCUUUAUGGCCAGAAUUCAACAAGAGCUCAGUUCUUUCGGAAUUGUGCCCGAGUUGGUGAUGGUAGCUCUAACACUGGUAAAUAAAACAACUUCUAAGCACAAAGUUCAUUGAUUGUAAAUGUAAAACCUUUUUCUUCAUAAUUUUAUAAAAUCAGCAAAUACUCUUGGGGAAGGAGAUCUUUAUGCUAUAGGUCCCUGCCGUGUGGCAGCCCAUGAUACGUGUGCAGGUGUCGUCGUGUGCCUCCGCCAACAGCUUUGGCCUGUCGACAGCGGCCCACAACACAUGCACACCCUGCAGUUUGUUCCUCUGCCCUUUCAUCCCCACUCAUCCUCGAAUAGGUGUCUCUGGGAUCUAAACUAGAAAGUCUUGAAGACAAAUAGUACCAGCUGCCUUGGGGACCGUUUGUUCAACACACUAAGGUUAUUAGGGGGCAGGUUCCUCAGGGGCUGUUACUGCCCACAGCCCGGGGCGGAGAACCGCGGAGAUGGAUAAGUGGUUGUCGUAGUCAGGCUUGCCACAAGGGGGCGUCGUAGAUCUUGCUUUAUAUUCAUUCUUGAGAAAUAAGGGGCAUUGAUAACACGGGUCCUAAA